ACCAGUCAGACAAGAUUUGCGUAAAGUGGCCAUGGAAGUGGUGGCGUUUCCGUACCACCACCGUACCCCUCUGCCGGAUUUUCCAUCACGUGAAACCGGAAAGCCAGCAGUUAACCGAAGUGUACUUGCUCUACAAUUCAGAAAUGUUGGAAUGACAAAGCUGACGUAUGAAGGAAUAAUCUUAACGCAGAAAUCAAGAACACUAACGGCGGUGGGAGCAGUUUCCGGCGGCGGAACUUCACUUCCGCCGCUGGACUUAACGGAGGAUAAUAUCCGUCUGGUCCUAACCGAAGCUCGCGUCGAGCUUGCACAACUGUUCGACUUAUCGGUGGGGAUAACCGGACAAGUUGAGUUAGUGGAACUAGACGGACCGUUCGUUAAGAUAAGUCUAAGAGGCAAGUUUUGGCACACACGUGCAAUGGUUCUAGCUCGUAUCGGAAACUACUUGAAACAGAGGAUCCCUGAGAUCUUGGAAGUUGAGAUUGAAGAUGAGAAGCAACUCGAUGAUAGCCCUGCAAAUUUCUAAACUUCAUUACUUGAAAACUAGUAUCCAUCUUUUAUUUCUUGCUUAAUGUGACGACGAUGAUGUAUGUUUAUGAGUUGCGUAAGGUUUAAAAAAGAUUUACAAACAUGA